AUUUCGCGUACUGUCCAUUAAGAGUUUUGAAAACGAUAAACAAUUAACAAACUGAGUAACAGCUUACAAGUUUUCCAAAGAUUUUUUUUAUCAUAAUUCAUAAUCGCCCUUAUCAAAAUGUCUGAGUUCAAAACGCCAGUGAAAAGCAAAUUAUUGAGUGAUGGUGCUGAAAAAAGAGAAAUAACAAUUCCUCCAUCGCCUUUCCUGAACAGACUUGGUUAUGGAACUGGCGUCUCUGUAAUGCAACUGGUGCGAUCACCAAAAGCCGGUCAGAUAAGAUCACCGUGGGCAUUGAAGAUGUUAAAUAAGCGCGUUAAACCCAACAAAGUUUACACAGAAAGGCUCCAGGCUGAAGCUGAGUUAUUACAAAAAAUGUCACAUCCCAACAUUGUGGGUUUUCGAGCCUUUAGCAAAACUAAGAUCCUGUACUUGGGUAUGGAGGCCUGUGAUCUCUCCUUAGGAGAUAUGAUUGAAAGAAGAGUUGAAGAUGGUUUGGAAGCAUUUCCACCAAAUAAUAUUAUAAAGGUAGCAUUAGACAUAGGCAGUGCAUUAGACUACCUUCACACAAAGAUGCAGAUCCUCCACGGAGACAUGAAAUCUUACAAUAUAUUGGUGAAUGGGGCCUUUGUGGUGUGCAAGCUGUGUGACUUUGGAGUGACACUACCGCUCAAUGAGAAUGGAGUUUUUGACAAGGAGAAUGCUGGCAAGAAAGUGUAUUAUGGUACGGAAGCAUGGAGUGCUCCAGAAGUGUUGGAAGGUGAUGAGAUCAGCAGCAAAACAGAUAUCUGGCCGCUCGGGCUUACUCUGUGGGAGAUGAUGUCGCUGCAUCCGCCUCACACACAGAUUGAUGAGAAUUUUGAUGAAAGCCUGGAGUUUGAUGAUAGCUAUGUGGAUAAUAAUUUUGAAUUGUACGGUACUCGGCCAGCGAUUCCAGCAACAGUAUCUGUAGAGGAGUACAGUGAGCCAAUCUCACUAUUCCAAGCUUGUACAGAGACGGAGCCAUCUCGCAGACCCUCAGCAGGACAACUGGCUUCUAUAGCUGGGACUAUGGUGUGCAAGUAAUUGUUAAUCGAUUUGAUGAUGAUGAUAAGGCUUGGUGCUCUGGACGUCUUCUGUGAAAUACUGGGAAAAAAGUACCCUUUCUUUUAACUCAGUUAAAUUUUUGUCCCGCUUAGAUGUGAUUGACAGGUAUUCAACAUGUUGUAGAAAGUUAUUAGCAAUAUUGGUGAUGAUAAAUUUUCAAAGAUUAGAAAAAGAAUUCUCAAUUAU